GUUGGCUAAGCAUGAUCGUGAACUGCUCCUGUGCUGCCCUACGCACAGCGCUCAUACCGGUCACAGGUGGUCUCAGAAUGUGUGCCCUGUACAGAGACAGUGUGGGCUACGAGCAAGUGUGCCUGAGGCCGCUGCUGGCCCAACCUCGGCCACGCUUCAUGACCAAGGAUGGCCGCCCCACGCUGCACAUGCAUUCCUCCUCCUCAAUGGGCUGCUGGAGCUACGUACGUGACAUCUGGAGCACGCUGCUGUCACUGCGAUGGCGUUUCAUGCUGCUCGUCUUCUCCGCCACCUUUCUUCUCAGCUGGUUUGUGUUUGCGCUGCUCUGGUACCUCAUUGCGUACCUGCAUGGGGACGUGGAGGCCACCCUGGACCCUGAGCACGUCGUCUGCGUGCAGGCAAUCACGAGCCUGCGUGCCGCUUUUUCAUUUGCCGUCGAGACUCAGCUCACCAUCGGCUACGGCAAGAUGUACCCCAACGGGGAGUGCCCGCAGGCCGUGGCUCUGCUUACUGUACAAAUGAUCCUGGGACUCAUGCUGGAAGCGCUCAUUACAGGAGCUUUCGUGGCCAAAUUAGCCAGGCCCAAGCUGCGUUCGGAAACACUACGCUUCAGCCACUUCGCGGUGGUGAACCGGCAGGGAGAGCAAAGCUGCCUCCAGUUCCGUGUGGCGAACCUGCUGCCAUCGCCGCUUCUGCACAUUCGCCUGCAGGCGGUGCUUUACCAGACGCACGGCACAGAGCUGCUGCACCAGACGGCUGUCCCCUUCACUCUCGACCACAUGGACGGGGAGGAACACUGCCCUUUCUUCCUGUCCCCACUCACAUACUGCCACGGCAUCACCGAGACCAGCCCCUUCUACAGGCAACAGCAGGUUCUUGGGAGUGUGCAGCCAGGCCUAGAGCUGGUGGUGUUCCUCACCGCCAGAGAUGAAAAUACGGGGGAGGUAUGUCAGAAGCGGACAUCCUACAUCAGCGAGGAAAUCCUGUGCAACCACUGCUACCCUCCUGCAGUGAUCAGCAAAGAGGGACAAUACACCUACAACGUGAGGGACUUUGACAGGCCCCUUCCAGAGCCAGGUGUAAACAUCGAGAGACUCGCGAUGAACGGGGCUCCCGCAGACCAGAGAGACGAUGAAUCCAACGAAGGAAACCGUUCCACUGUCGCUCUGAUUAUCGAUGAGUCCAGCCCCUAAUCCAACCAGAGGAAUAUGUAGAACGCAAGACCUAUGCUGCUGUUAUUCUUUUCAUCUUUUGAAGAAAUAUUAUUGACAAAAAGAACUUUCCAAAAACACAUCCACAACUAAAAGGUAUUUAAGGUAUUUAUAAUGACAACUCACUUAAAUAUGUAUGUGAAUUAGUUGUCAACCUACCAACAUAUACGUGUUGUGAAUAAGCUACAGAUGAAUUAGUUUCCCUGUAUGGGUAGGAGAGACGAUUAAUAAUGCAACACAAACUAUAGACACUGACGUACUGAGUUGCUUUUAGAAGGGCAGGUGGCGCACAUUUUUAAUAAAUGUAUCACUAUGAAACGUAAACCCAAUCCGUACUCUCCUUGUAAAUGCGUAUAGAUGCGUACAACUUUCUUGCAUGAGGCGGUGUGUAGCAUACAUGUAGAAACUUUACUUUGUAUGCAUGGAUCUGCAUUUUACA